UGGAUCCAUUCAUCAGCCUGACUCAUACUUUGACCCCGCGGUCAAUACUCUCCCCACAGGGAGCUCAGACGCGCUCGCACGGAGACACUGAAGGCUGGUGGAUCUGCUUCUGAGCGUUUGGAUCAUGGCGGGACCGACCCUGAGCGCCGGCGCCGUUGUGCUGCUGCUGGUUCUGCACAGCUGUGCGGCAAACCACGUCUUUCUGGAGGGUCAGCAGGCAUCGCAGGUGCUGGUCCGAAACCGACGAGCCAAUCAGAUGUUUGAGGAGUUGAAAAAAGGAAACAUGGAGAGGGAGUGCUACGAGGAGAUCUGUGACCAUGAAGAGGCCAGAGAAGUGUUUGAGCAGAAGGAUCAAACCGAUAUCUUUUGGGCCAAGUACCUGGACUGUAAAGGAACACAGAAACAAAGAACAACAAAGACCAUCAGCCUCAUCAGAGACUGUGUGGAAGGCCACUGUGUCUCCGGCAUAGGACAUAACUACAAUGGCAACAUCAAUAUCACAAAAUCAGGGAGGGUCUGUCAACACUGGAGCCACAGCUUUCCACAUCCUAUCUUCAGAGAGUUCAAUGCAUCUGAACCUGGCAGCAUCCUGCAGGAAAACUUCUGCAGAAACCCAGACAAAAGUCCAGAAGGACCCUGGUGUUUUACCAAAGACCCAGCAGUCCAGAAAGAAACCUGCUUGGUUCCUAAAUGUGGAGAGAACUUCGUCCCGGCUACUGUGGCUCCAGAAGUGGUGAAAUCUACAGUCUGUUUGACCAACUAUGGUGUAGACUACACUGGAGACCUCAGCGUCACCUGGGGAGGCCACACCUGUCUGCAGUGGUCAUUGCCACAGGUCAAAGCGCUUAGCAAGGACAAGGAGUUCAUCCCAGAGAUCCAACUGAUUGGCAACAAGUGUCGGAACCCUGACAAUGACCCAGAGGGACCGUGGUGCUACGUAGAAAUCUCUGGAAACAUAACAGUUGACUAUUGUGACCUUGAGCUGUGUGAUGAUCCACUCCUUAAACAGGAGGAGGGGACGGAAACCGAGGGCAGGGAGCGCUCCGUCCUAGCGCCCGCCAGGAAAUUGUUUUUCAGUCCUCGCUCCUUUGGGGAGGGAGAGAGCAAUUGUGGGCUGCGUCCUCUUUUUGAGAUGAAAGGCAUAAAGGAUGGGAAAGAGCAGGAGCUGCUCGAGUCAUACCGAGAGCAGCGCAUCGUUGGAGGCGACGAUGCCGAGGUGGCCUCGGCACCAUGGCAGGUGAUGCUGUACAAACGCAGCCCUCAGGAAUUGCUCUGCGGAGCGAGCCUCGUCAGUGAUCAGUGGAUCCUCACUGCAGCCCACUGCGUCCUGUACCCUCCCUGGAACAAAAACUUCACCAAAGAUGACAUCCUGGUCCGCCUCGGAAAACACAACAGAGCCAAAUUUGAGCGUGGAGUUGAGAAGAUUGUGGCCAUCGACGAAAUCAUUGUCCACCCCAAGUACAACUGGAGGCAGAACCUGAACCGGGACAUCGCCCUGCUGCACUUAAAACGGCCCAUCAUCUUCAGCGACGAAAUCUACCCCGUCUGCUUGCCCAGCAAGCAGGUUGCCAGGAAUCUGAUGAUCAACGGUUUUAAGGGACGAGUCACCGGCUGGGGGAACCUGAAGGAAAGCUGGAAUCCUGCAGCCAGAAAUUUACCCACAGUCUUGCAGCAAAUCCACUUGCCCAUCGUGGACCAGGACAUCUGCCGCCAGUCCACAUCAGUCCGGAUUACAGACAACAUGUUCUGUGCAGGUUAUAAGCCAGAUGACACCAAACGAGGCGACGCCUGUGAGGGCGACAGCGGAGGACCGUUUGUCAUGAAGAACCCGGCGGAGAAUCGCUGGUAUCAGAUCGGCAUCGUGUCGUGGGGGGAGGGCUGCGACCGCGACGGAAAGUACGGCUUCUACACUCACCUGUUCAGGAUGGGCCGGUGGCUCAGGAAGGUGAUCGAGAAAUCUGGGGAGGACGACGAGUAAAACCCAAACAGAAAUCAACCACGCUGCCAAUAAAGUUUCUUGUCCCACCCAAUU